AUGGUCGGCGAAGCCGAGAAGCGUGCCAAGGCGGACCCGGGCGGGCGGCCUGGCUCCUUGGCGGCCCAGGAGCAGCUGAAGCCGGACCAGAUGCCCAAGUUCUUCGCCUCCGACCUCGAGGCGCUGGACGGCGAGUUCGACACGGUCUGCUGCGUGGACGUCCUGAUCCACUAUCCCCCUGAGCGGCUCGACUCGAUGGUCGGCGGGCUCGCCAAGCUUGGCAAAGAGCGGGUUAUCUUGUCAUUUGCGCCAAAGACAUGGUACUACACGCUGCUCAAGCGCAUAGGGGAGCUGUUCCCCGGACCGGCCAAGACCACUCGCGCCUACCUCCACGAGGAGGAGGUGGUGGAGGCGGCCUUCCGGAAGGCCGGCUACGAGGUGACCCGGAAGGAGCUGACGGCCACGAACUUCUACUUCUCCAGGCUCUUCGAGGCCAAGCCCGUGGGCAGCUCCUGA